GGUACAAGUCAAACUCUGUCUGUUGUUGCAGUCUGUGCAUUUGAUCACACUCUUCUCACUUGUCCGUGCUUUUUCUCCACGUGUGUGUGUGUGUGUGUGUGCGCGCGCUCUCAGGGAACAGCGGAAACAGCUUCAGUCGCCUUCAGUCAGACGAUCAGGGGAAGCCAACAUCGUCAGUUAUGGCCAACAUCAGCACCUCAAACACCAUUUUUGCCUUGGAACUGCUACGGACUCUGAGUCAAGAAAACCCCAAUGGAAAUAUGUUCGUCUCUCCGCUGAGCAUCAGCUCAGCUCUGGCUAUGGUCUACCUCGGAGCGAGAGGAGACACAGCUGCUCAGAUGGCAAAGGCCCUGUCAUUCAGCGAGGGUGAAGGUGUCCACGCAGACUUCCAGAAGCUCAACACAGACAUCAUCACACCGUCGGCAUCUUACACUCUGAAAACAGCCAAUCGUCUUUAUGGAGAGAAAACAGCCAACUUCCUGCAAACUUUCCUCGACGCUACGCAGAAGUACUACCAUGCCGACCUGCAGGCUGUGGAUUUCACUGGGGCUCCAGAGGCGUGCAGAGCGGACAUCAACAGCUGGGUCGAGGAGCAGACAGAAAACAAGAUAAAAGAUCUCCUGAAGCCAGGAACAGUCACUACGAAUACCAGGAUGGCUCUGGUUAAUGCCAUCUACUUCAAGGGGAACUGGCUGAAACGCUUUGAUCAAGCAAACACCAAAGAGAUGCCCUUUAAAAUCACUAAGAAUGAGACCAAACCGGUUCAGAUGAUGUACCAGAUGAAGAAGCUGCCCUACAACUACAUCCCUGACCACAACCUGCAGAUCCUGGAGCUCCCAUAUGAAGGAAACGAGCUGAGCAUGUUCAUACUGUUGCCUGAGAACUCUGUGCAGGAGCUGGAGAAGGCACUGACGCAGGAGAGGCUGGACGAGUGGACCAACAGAGAAAACAUGGACGUGGAGUCAGAAAUCGUCGUUCAUCUGCCAAAGUUCAAGCUGGAGGACGACUACGAGCUGAACGGGCCUCUGGCUCAACUGGGCAUGAGUGACGUGUUCUGCUCGGCAAAGGCCGACCUGUCUGGCAUGAACGGUGAAGGGGGACUCUUCCUGUCCACAGUGGUACACAAAGCCUUUGUGGAGGUCAAUGAGGAGGGCACAGAGGCAGCUGCAGCCACCGCUGGAAUGGUGUUCUUCUGUAUGCUCAGAGAGGAGCACUUCACUGCAGACCACCCCUUCCUCUUCUUCAUCAGGCACAAUAAGACCAAGUCCAUCCUCUUCCUCGGCAGGUUUUCAUCUCCUCAGUAGACAGAACUUGCAGAGGACGAAGUUGGCCACUCAUAGUACACACACACACACGCACGCACGCACACAUACACACCCCAAAAGCAAAGUCUUUUAAUAAGCGCUUUAUUUUCUGUGAUGAUUUGCUAAUUCACUAUAUUUUGCACUGAGUCAUAAAUGUAACUCAAUUAAUGAAGAAUGAAGAAGAAUUGAAAGAAGAAAUGUAUGAUUUAUUGAAUGGUUUGUAAUUUUAGAAUUAACAAUGGAAACAGUAGAAGGCCAGCAGCUUAUAUAAUAUUUUGCAUGUGUAGGUGAAAAAUAAACAGACAUUUAAAGUGA